AUGUGUCCGCUUUUCUAUUCUAGACCGUGUGUUAUCCGUUCUGGCACCAGAGAAGUGCAUAACAAAUUGGAGAAAAAUCGACGAGCGCACCUGAAAGAAUGCUUCGAAUUAUUAAAGAGGCAGCUACCGUCGCAGGAAGAGAAAAAGUCGUCGAAUCUUUCGAUUCUUCACGCCGCGAUCAGGCACAUACAGAUGCUAAGACGGAAGGAACGGGACUACGAACACGAAAUGGAAAGGCUCGCCAGGGAAAAAAUCGCCGCUCAACAAAGAUUAUUAGCCCUGAAGAAGGAACUCGCUGCUACUUGGGAUCACAUUGAUUUUAAUACUCUUUUACCGGAACAGAAUACGACUGCGGAUGUCGCGGCCACGAGAAGUGAAAAUAUGGAAGUUGACGUAACUGGGCUAGCUCGGGGUGGUACGAGGUAUAGUAGUACCAGCAGUCUGAGUAGCGCAGCUACGGCUAAUUCGCCGCAGACGCUUCAAAACACCAGCGCAACUUCCAAUAUUCAUAAUCAGAUUGCCACGGCGGCUGUCGUUUGUCAAGCUCAGGGUAUGAACCUUGCGCCAAGUUCCAGGGAGAGUCCACCUGCGAGCUCGAGUCCUGGAACGCCCGCACCUAGCAUUCCUACUCCAGCACAGGUUUGUUCCAUGAGGUUUAAUCCUUUAAGGUACUUACACACGUAUUAACUGAUACCUAAAUUGUAUCAUGAG